AUGUCUGGUUUGAUACACCUACCUAGCGCAAGCUCCUCAGAGCAUCUCCAAGCCCUAGCUGAGGUCAGCGAGUUUGCUCUGACGGACAUGGGGCAACCAGGCCAAGGGCCCUGGCCCUAUCGCCGAAUGCAAGAACCCCGCCUAACCGAAGAACUUUGUCGCCGUUCGGAUGCCCGGUCGGUGGCGGCUGCGCACGCAGAUAUCCUCAGUUUCCAACCAUGCCGCUCGGACACGUCCGAGAACCAAGACCGCUAUGUCGCGGAGGUAUGGGAUCUCCCAGGGGGAAGCUGGGUAUUUUGUGCGGUGCUAGAUGGCCACGUUAACAGCCAUUGCGUCGAGUACGCGCAGGCCGAGCUGCCUCUAUUAGUCCAAGCGGCCUUGCGUACUGUAACUCUGGAUACCGAGGGUCAGCGUCAAUCACCUCCCCCUGAAACUAUCAGUCGGCUACUGUCGGACGCCCUUAUGAAACUCGACGAUGCUCUUACUUCCGAAUUCCUGCGGCUCGUCCCCGAAGGCGUUCUGGAGACCCCUUCGUCUCCAACAGCGCAGGCCGUCCAGAAUCUGGACCCCACGCUAGCAUUGACCAGUAGGUGCCUAGGUGGGGCAACGGUUAUUUUCAGCUUGCUUGAUCCACAGAAACAAAACCUAUGGGUCACCAAUCUAGGCGACUGUCAGGCAGUCUUGGGUGUUAAGAACUCGGGCGUGUGGAGUGGAACGAUGAUCAGCAAUAUCCACAACACGCACGCUCCGUUGGAGAUCAACCGUAUACGGUCCGAGCACCCUAACGAAGAAGAAUGCAUCAAGGACGGUCGAGUCUUAGGGUACUUGGAGCCUACCAGAGCCGUAGGCGAUACAUGGACCAAGCUCCCCAAACAAUACACGGAACAUUUCUUCCUCCAUACAAACCAAGAUUGGAUUUCUCCAAGAACACUCCAGCGAUGUGCAUCGCAGAUGUACUCUCCGCCAUACAUAUCCAAAACGCCUGAAGUCCAUCAUCAUGCUCUGACUGACCAUCCGUCCUUCCUAAUAUUGUGCUCUGACGGCCUCAAAGAGCUGUACGGGGCUAUUGGUUCGGAACCAGUGGAUCAUUGGGUGACCGUUGUCGCCCAAGGGAUUGAUUCGGCUGAGCCUCAGCAUCUCUCGUUAAUGCUCCUCAGAGAUGCUAUCGGUGGUGAUGAUGUUGACCGAGCUUGCCAACUCCUCACGGUGGAGAUGGAAGACAGCUGGGUAGAUGAUACGACGCUAGUCAUUCAACGUCUUCGCGGAUGA